AUGAUCAAACACCUGGUACCAGAAUGGUACUGGUCUCUGCCUGGACUGGAGUUCAAUGAAAGUGAGACAAACUGGAACUCAGGAGAACCGACUGAUAGAGGAAACCAAAGCCCUGAGAACUGUGGGAUUGUGAAUCAAAAUCUUAAAUGGAUCGAUCAGGGUUGCCAGUGGUCUGAAUAUUUCCUCUGCUAUGAUGAAACUAAUAAAACCCAUAAAUAUCACCUGAUUAGAGAGAAGAAGUCCUGGCUGGAAGCUCAGAAUUACUGCAGAGAGAAACACACAGACCUGAUCAGUGGAACGAAGCAACUACAGGAUGAAGAAGUGAAGAAAUUGAUGAACUCUUCAGAUAAUCAAGCAUACUUUGGUCUGUUCAGAGACACCUGGAGGUGGUCAGAUGGAAGCAGUUUCUCUUUCAGACACUGGAAUCUACAGUUUACCAAUGAGAUAAUCAAUAGUGGUCAAUGCGCCAUGACUGUGUUUGAUGAUGGAGGCAGAUGGAAGAAUGAGAAAUGUGAUGAAAAAAAACCCUUCAUCUGUUAUGAUGAUAAAGUGAUCCUGAUCAAAGAGAAGAUGAACUGGGAGGACGCCUUGUACUACUGCAGAGAUCACCACCAUGACCUGGUCACCAUCACCAACAUGGACGAUCAGAUAUGGAUCCAGGAGAAAGUCAAGAAGGCAUCGACUGGUUAUGUCUGGAUGGGUCUGCGCUACACCUGCACUCUGGAUUUCUGGUUCUGGGUCAGUGAUGAAGUGGUCAGCUAUAAGAACUGGGCUUCAGAUGGACAGAUGGACGACUGUGACAUGUCUGGUGCCAUGGUGACGGGAGGGAAACAUCAGUGGAGGAAGAAAAAUGACCUUGAGGAAUUUAACUUCAUUUGUUCUAAAAAAGACAAACUGCUGGAGGGAAAUAAUUCAUCUGACAGCAAAGAUGCAGUGGAGUCUGAUUCUGCUCUUCCUGAUGGCUCAGUUUUGCUUCAUUGACUGUCAGCUCUAUGAGUUUCACUACAUUAAUGAGAAUAAAACCUGGACUGAAGCUCAGCAGUACUGCAGAGAGAAACAUACUGACCUGGUCACAGUGACUAACAUGAAGGACAUGGAGAGACUCAUCAACAUGUCAGAUGGAGAUAUAAAGGAAGCUUGGAUUGGUCUGUAUAAUCAAACACAUGGUACCAGAACAUGGUACUGGUCUCUGCCUGGAGUGGAGUUCAAUGAAAGUGAGACAAACUUGAACCCAGGAGAACCGACUGAUAAUGGAAUAGAGAACUGUGGGAAUCUGAUUGAAACUCCCAAAUGGGGAAAUGUGAGUUGCUCUAUAGCAAGAUAUUUCCUCUGCUACAAUGAAACCAACACAACCCAUAAAUAUCACCUGAUUAGAGAGAAGAAGUCCUGGCAGGAAGCUCAGAGUUACUGCAGAGAGAAACACACAGACCUGAUCAGUGGAACGAAGCAACUACAGGAUGAAGAACUAAAGGAAGUGAUGAAGACUACAGGGAGUAAAUCAUUUAUUGGUCUGUUCAGAGACACCUGGAGGUGGUCAGAUGGAAGCAGUUUCUCUUUCAGACAUUGGAAUCUACAGUUUAAUGAUGAACAAACCAUCAGAGCUCAAUGUGCCACAACUAAGUUUGAUGAUAAAGGCAGAUGGAUGAAUGUGGAUUGUAGUGAGAUAAAACCCUUCAUCUGUUAUGAUGAUAAAGUGAUCCUGAUCAAAGAAAAUAAAACCUGGCAUGAGGCCUUGAACUACUGCAGACAGAACCACCAUGACCUGGUCACCAUCACCAACAUGGGGGAUCAGAUAUGGAUCCAGGAGAAAGUCAAGAACGCAUCGACUCCUUUCGUCUGGUUGGGUCUCCACUACACCUGGACCCUACAGUUCUGGGUCUGGGUCAGUGACGAGGAGGUCAGCUUCGAGAACUGGGCCUCAUGUCCCCUGAGAAACGUCUGUGACGUGUCUGGAGCCAUGGAG